UCCCGCUCUUCUAUGUCGAUGGCUCAAGCGUGUAGACUGUUGAUAUAGACCUCUGUCUCUCUCUCUUCGGAGGGGCGAAGAAAAUGAGCUGAGAGAGAACUGCGAUGAGUAGAACAGGCAAAAGAAAGGAAGGGAGAAGUUGGUUUUUCGAAUGGGGGAAAUUCCGGCUGGUGGAAGAAAAGCAUUUUCCCGGAAAAGGGUGAUGUGGGGAAGGAGUUAACUUUCUGGAGAGUGACGGAAUAGAUUCCGGGCACCGACUUUGCUUCCUUGGCUUACUUUCUUUUGCCUUGAGGAGGGGCUUGGGGUUUGGCUGGUGUUUGGAAGAAGGGGAACGAAGGGGGAAAGAGGGGAAGGGAAGUGGGGGUUGGAAGGCCAGGGAGAAUCUGUCUAUGGCAUGGUUGGGGAAGAAACAUGGAGUGUUGGAGACGACGGAGGCUUAUCACCACCAACAUACCCAUCAUCGUCGAUUCCAAUACGAUUGGAAUCGUCCUCCUUUAAGGUUUCCUCGCCCGGUGUUUUUCUUCCCGGAUUUUGGAGCGACAUCUUCCGCUCCUUCCGCCUUGCGAUGGAGUUCUUUCUCCUCUCCGCCCUCCUCCGCCUCCACCACCACCGCCUCUUCCUCCUCCUCCUCCUUCUGUUUGUUUUCUCUUCAGGCACUCUGAAGGUGAACGCCUUUACUGGAACUUUUGGAAUAAACUAUGGUAGAGUAGCCGAUAACUUGCCUGCUCCUGAAAGCGUGGUGACUCUUCUCAAGGCCAACAGGAUAAAGAACGUAAGGAUUUACGACGCCAAUCAUGAUGUUCUCAAGGCAUUCAGCAAGUCUGGGCUUGAGAUUGUAGUCGGCGUGGCGAAUGAGUACCUGAAAGAUAUGAGUGUGAACGAAGACAGUGCCAUGACUUGGAUCAAAGAGAACGUGCAGACCUUCCUGCCUGAUACCCAUAUCGUUGGAAUAGCGGUAGGAAAUGAAAUCUUGGGUGGAAGUGAUUCGGAGCUUGCAGAGGUUCUCCUCCCUGCUGUUAAGAAUGUAUACAAUGCCAUCAGCAGGCUUCAGCUAACUGGCACCAUUCAGGUCUGGACGCCGCAUUCUGAGGCAGUCUUUGCAUCAUCCUUUCCUCCUUCAUCCUGCACCUUCAGAGAUGAUGUAAUUCAAUAUAUGAAGCCCCUGUUAGCCUUCUUCUCCAAGACAGGAGCUCCCUUCUACGUCAAUGCCUAUCCAUUUCUUGCCUACAAGUCUGAUCCAUCGAAUAUCAACAUUAAUUAUGCACUAUUCAAGUCAAAUGCAGGGGUUUACGACGGGAAGUCAAAUCUGCACUAUGAUAACAUGUUUGAUGCACAGAUUGAUGCUGCUUAUUUUGCAUUGGAAGCUGCUGGCUAUGGGGACAUGGAAGUCCGCAUAUCGGAGACUGGUUGGGCAUCCAAGGGGGAUGCUGAUGAAGCUGGUGCCACGCUUGAGAAUGCAAGGACCUAUAACUUCAACCUAAGGAAGAGGCUUGCCAAAAAGAAAGGGACACCAUAUCGGCCAAAGAGGGUGGUGAAGGCAUAUAUAUUCGCUUUAUUCAACGAAGAUUCAAAGCCUGGGCCAACCUCUGAAAGGAACUUUGGUCUGUUCAAACCUGAUGGCAGCAUUUCUUAUAAUAUCGGAUUUACUGGGUUGAAGCCUUCAUCCGCCUCCUCAUCUUUGCUAUCUUUAAAGAGUUGGACCGCUUCAUACUUGGGAGCCUUGUUGGCGAGUGCUCUGGUGUUGCUACUGGUGUUGUGAUUGGAUGCCUUUUAAGUGAAUCUCCGGCACAUUCUGCCACCAAGAAAAAGAAUUGCUGGCGGACUUCAGGAUCGAUUGGACGUCUACAUCUUCAGUUCAUUUUUUAUCUUCUCAGAUUUAAUGUACCUUGUGGCAGGACAGUAUAUAUACAUUAUAUACAUGCCUCUCGGAGGGUGCCUAUUUUCAUUCAGGGGUGGCAAGUGUAUACAGAUAGGACAAAGCUGUAUUUAUUUCUCAAUUAUUUUGUGAUAGAUUCUGUAUAAUACCUCUCUGCUUCUUCUUC